CUUCGGUACCCGUAGAAUUACCGUAAAACAAGACGUGUACUUGCUGCAUUAUUGUUAUGUAGUUUCAUCAGAAUCGGGAAAGGCGAGAGUGUUUGCUGCCACACGCAGAACUCUGUAACCAGCGUCCGUCAUUCGACUCACUUUCACUGUUACUAAUGUUUUCAAGGCACAAUGUCGUCGAAUUUAAUGUUAGAUUUAAUGAAUCCUUCGAUGAGUAGUAAGGAAGUGGGAGAUAUUUCCAUCGAUCAGGAUGGAGAGUGGGACAUCAGUUUGUUUGAUGAGCUGGAGGAUCUUGGAGAUGCUGAUGAGCUUCUGGAGGCGCUGGUGAAGAGUGUAGGCUAUGACACAUCUGUUCCUGACCUGAACUUUGGCACUGAGCAACCAGCAUGGAGUUCAGAUGGAUGGAGAGAAAACAGCAGCCCUCGAUCAGAUGGUGAUGUAACUGUGGACUCACUGUCACCAAACCACACAUUCAGUUCAGUGUCAUCACCAGCGUCAGUGGAGCCUCAGUCACCAUACUCCACACAUGAUGAGGCACUGUCUCCAGACUCUUGGCGUUCUCAUCCCUCUCCGUUGUCUGUCUGCUCUGACUCCAGUGGAUUUACUGAGGCACCUAAUGAGAAGAAGCCAUCCAAGAGGACCAAUCAGACAAAAGUCAAACCUCUCCAACCAGCAAAAAGACCCAUCCAGGUGUGCCCCAAGGUUUCCAUUCAGCCUAAACCAAUUAUUACAGCUGUUCCCAUCUCCCGUCCUGCAGCCCCGCUUCAAACCAAGAUCAUCAUCCAGCCACUUCAGGCUACAGUUCUGCCUGUGGUGAAACCUCAACCAGUUACUAUUCAACCAGCGCCUCCUACAGGUCAGCUAAUGCAGCUCCCUCAGCCCACUCAGGUUCUCCAGCUUCAGACGCCUCAGUCGAUGCCCACGCGUGUAGUCACUGUGCCAGCACUGGCACAGGACAGACCCAUCUCUCUUGUUGCUCCGGUAACAACAUCUCCUGUGGUCACCAUGACACUGCAAAAUUCCACUCCUGAUGAUGAUUCAAAUGCGUCUCGGAGACAGCAGCGCAUGAUAAAGAACAGAGAGUCAGCUUCUCUCUCCCGGAAGAAAAAAAAGGAGUAUUUAAUGACACUGGAGACCCGUCUGAAGUUGGCACUGACAGAGAACGAGAAGCUGAAGAAUGAAAAUGGCACAUUAAAAAGACAAGUGGAAGGCCUAAUGAGUGAGAACUCUGUGCUGAAAGCAACUGCUCCAAAACGGAGGGCUGUGUGCCUUAUGGUUGUCCUGGUCUUCUUGGUCGUCAACUUGGGUCCAAUGAGUUUGCUUGGAGGAGACAGAGGGUCUGCAUUUCCUGCUACCCCUGCGUUCAAUGGCAGACACCUGCUGGGAUUUUCUCCCAAGUCGGAGAGAAACUUGAACUCAGACAAGCCUCAGACUGACCCGUCUAACACUGUGGACAGGUUGGAGGAGCAGAAAGCAUUGAUGGUGGUCAAGGAUCCUCUGUAUUUCAGAACUCCACCCCCCUGCCAGCCACCUGUCAACAGGACCAAGUGUAUUAAGAUGGCACAUGAGCUGAGAGGAUGGGUGCAUCGGCAUGAGGUUGAACAGACCAAAACCCGCCGCAUGAGCAACACUCUGCACAGAGGCAGAACCUUUACGAAAGCAUCAAGUAAACAAGCUGACGUACCACAGAUAAUGUCUCAGAUCCAGUACACAGAUUCCUCUGAAAAGAAUCCCGGCAGUGAACUGCAGGUGUAUUACGCUCCUCACCGAACCUACAAUGACUUCUUUGAUGAGCUCAACCGAAGAGGGGACACUUUCUACGUGAUCUCUUUCCGCCGGGAUCACCUCCUCCUUCCUGCCACCAACCACAACAAAGGCAGUCGCCCCAAGAUGUCAGUGGUCCUGCCAGCUAUGAAUUACAAUGAGAGCAUCAUAAAAGACAAGGAUUUUGAGGUGAUGAUGCAGAUCGACUGUGAGGUCAUGGACACCAGGAUCCUCCACAUCAAAUCGUCCAGUAUCCCCCCUAUCCUGCGGGUCAAUGAGACGGAGACGGGCUCUUUCUAUCACGCGGCCCCCAGCAAUAACCAACCGGCCGCCCCUGUUGGAGUCCUCAUGGGCUCAUCUUAGUCCCAGCAAUCCAGGAACCGCAAAAUCAAUCAAGCCCAGGUUUUCGCCAUCAUUUGUUUUGUUACACAAGCCUUUGAUUUCUGUUGACUUUCCUAUUCAAAUGACACUCUUGGUAACUUUUCUACCAAGAUAUUUUGAGCUUCAAUUAUUUACUAUUAAUGAAGGAGUCGUGUUUUGCAUCUGUCUUCAGAUCAGUCAUCGGCCCAUUUACAUCUAUGUAUUUUAUAUAGUGACUUGAAAGUUAUUCAGGAAGUUCUUGUCUUUUCAGUUUUUGCUCGCAUCGUCUGAUCAAAAAUGCCAUCUGGGUUGAUGUUGGAAUAUGUCUUUGCUGUUUGUGGUAGAUGUCAGGCAUUUGUCUUGGAUUUUUAUUUGCACUGUGUUCAUUUUUUGCUUAUUUAUGAAAAUGUUAUUUUUACCAAGCUGGUUUGGUGCACAUUUAAUGGUCAUAUAAAUUCUGUUGUGCUUCAGUAGUACCUCUGUCCUCAAAAAAAUAUCUCUUUAUUUUUUGUUUUGUUUUUUGAUUUAGUUUUGUUUCAUUUUGAGUCUCUUUUUUUUUUUUUUUUUUUGAGUGUUUUCUUAAUUUCAAUGUUUUGAGUUUUUUCUUUUGUGUUUGCUUUGAGUUUUGUUAUCAGUUUCAUUGUUUUGAUUUUUUUUUGUGUGUUUUUGUUACAAAACAAAACUCAAAGUGAAACUAAGAAAAACAAACUACUCAAAACAAAGUGAAACAGCAAAAAAACACCCAAACAGUCAACAGUCAAACUAACACAAAACAAAACAACUUGAAACAAAGUAAAACAAACCAAAAAAUCUAAACAGUGAAACAAAAAAAACUAGUUGAAACAAAGUGAAACAGCAUAAAACUAAACAAAACUCAAAGUAAAACGAAACAAACUCAAAGCAGUGAAACUAAGAAAAAACAAAACAACUCAAAACAAAGUGGAUCAAAAAAAACAAAA